AUGAGGAACCCCAAUACAAACAUCCCAAAGUUCCUUGUUUUGACUGCCUUGAGAACACAGCUAAAGGGUUCCUUGAAUAGCCCCCACGAUGAAUUCAUCUCGACGGAAAUCCAUUUGCUAGGCAUCGCGAUUAUGGCUAACAGCCUUACCUGGUUCGAGACUCCGGCAGCCAUCGCGACCUCACCACCAAAACAGCCUCAAGCUUCUAGCAAAUCAUCACACUCUUUCUCAGGACGAUAG